AUGUCACAGCCACCACGCAGCAAUGAUGGCUACCCCGCUACAGCGGAGAAGGGAGUCACACGGCCAGCUAUGAGUCUGACGUGUGCCGCACCCUUAGCUAUCUUGCCUGCUCCUAGUUUGGAGGGAGAGACCUACCGGGAUCAUGUAGGGUGUAAAGCUGACCUCGACAGCAAUGACGAUGGUAGUCGUGGCGAUUAUAACGUGAAUGCGAGGGAUGACAGCGACAGUGACGACGUGGAGGAUGGUGACUACGCCUCUGCUUCUUCGCUUCGUGCCCAUGCGUACAACACGGCAUCGUCCAAGGAUGGUUUGUGCCUGUUCCGCAGCCCAACCAAUCGAGGCCCACCUGUUCAAUAUGAUCCGCAUGAUCACACAAGACCCGAUCUGACGCACGCACCCUCGUCGUCUUUGUCCGCCAAGGUGCAGCAGCGGCGCCUGUGGGUCUUGCCUCGUGACGCUUUUCAUCCUCAGUGCUGGGCUUCCCUCACAUCUACACGCUCGUCCCUCGACACCGCAGCGAAGUCCUGCAGCGAUGGGGAAGCCUACGCUAGCAACGGCCGCAGUGGCGCUUGCGCGUCUACUCACGGCCUCGUGGCACCGGCAGCGCCUGUCACGACAGGCGACCCGCAUGCGCUUCCCCCGUCCGCAUUGCAGCCGGACUCCUCGGCGGUAGGCGCGGCACCUUUGGCGUUAAACUGUAUGAUAAACGCCAGCGUCGCCCGGCUGCCACAUCCUCGCCACGGCCAGCCGCUGCUGUGCCUAGUCGUGCGCGAUCCCACCAUCCCCGUCGUGACGAGGACGUUUCCCCCCAACUUGCCUUCCGCAGUGUCCGCCUCCCCCUCGCUGCUUUAUGAGGUGCAGGCGCAUGCCCCACCAAGCGGCUUUGCGCAGAGCUGGUUUGUGAAAGAGCAGGUUGUUCCGAGCACCGUCGGUGCUGGCGAGCUGCUCGUCGCGACCCCAUUGGACCUGACCUUCUUUGCACUCUACGAGCUUCUCGGUGACGCGCAGCGCUACGAACGCCUGUCCCGCACCUUUAUGUCGGCGGAAGACCUGUACAGGGACAGAGACCUGCGGCCCUCAGCUGUCACCUCCGCCUCUGCGGCCGGCUACGAAGGCGACGCGCCAGAGACGAACGCGUUUCUGGCCGUGUUCAGCGGCGUCGGCGGUGGCGGCGAGGACUCGCGGUCGUCAACGUCUUCCUCUGCGCCGUGUACCGCAGCGCUUCUCUCCUCGAGUGGAGCACAUGACGCGUCUGUGGACGAUGGGGGCCCGCACGGCUGGGCUGCGCACCCGCCGUCACAGCUGACGACUUCAUCUUUCUUUUCUGCCACGCCUCACGGCAAGCUAGGCGGUGGCAGUGGCCGGGGCUGGGCUGGCUGGGCACGCGCAGCAGCAGCACACCCACUCCUCUUGCACCACUGCCUGCGUGUACUUCAGUCCGACGGUGUGCUGCGACGGCUCUGCGAGGUCCGUGUAAUCGGCGGCAACUCCUAUGUGCAGACGUCGACCUCUGAUGCUCCUGUCGAAAGCCUCGACGCGGUGUACUACAGGCCUUCUGAGUCGGUGGCGGUGGAGUGGUUAAAGACGAGAGUAGAGCGUGUCCGCGCCUCUCCAGUGUUGCGAGCAAUACUGCAGCUACCGGAGAGCAGCCCUGUUGCAACGGCGACGGCCGCUACACCAGCUGAGGCUUGUGUGGAGGUCCCCAUGACGGUUGCCUUUGGCGUGGUGGCCGAGUAUGUGCCAGAUCGACUGCACGCGGCUCUUGCUGCGGCCUGCGGUCUCCCAGACCCUGCAGCGACGCCAGUUUCUUCGCCGAUAGCUGCGGCGUCUACGGACGGCGCCAAGCGGCACCGCGACGACGUAGCGACAAACAGGAGAAAGGCGGAAGCGACCCCAAGCGCUGCUGGCACGAAAAGUGCCAGCGUAAAGCGCCUGGAGAAGGCGGGGAAGCCGAAGGGUACGCCCACUUUGCUUGAAAUGUUUGCAAAGAAGGCGAGGUCAGAGGGGGCCGCGCCGUAG